AUGCUAUACCUAAGAAAAGUCCUGCUUCUGGGUGCCUUCCUUUCGGCUUCUACAGCUCUCUCCCAAGAUCAAGCACAAGUGAUAAAUAUCUACGAAAACAUAGAUUAUCAGGGAACUCCCCUGACUAUUACUGAGUUUGGUUCUUGCAUUGAUUUAUUGCACUCAGGCAUCCCUCGGGUUGGGUCUGUUAAUAUAAACACUGCCGCAGUGUCUUGCAUAUUCCAUGCAGAGUAUCGCUGUGUAGGGGCUGCAGUCGAGGUGGGAUACCUAGGAACCAACGACUUUUCUAGGGACUUCGGAGGUUUCGAGCCCGUCACUGUCGUUUGUUUCAAGAACGAAUAA